UCUCCAUCCGCUCCAUUCAUCCCACAACUUCCCCUUCAAUCUCUUAUUGAGCUGCCCCAUUGUUCUCAGUCACUUCCCCCACCAUGACCGAGGCAUUCACCCAGACGGAUCUGCAGGGCGCGUUGCCCCUAAUCGCCCGCGGCAAGGUACGCGACCUGUACGAAAUCGACGAGAAAACCCUCCUCUUUGUCGCGACCGACCGCAUCUCCGCCUACGAUGUGAUCAUGGAAAAUGGCAUCCCCAACAAAGGCAUUCUCCUCACCCUGUGCACGCAAAAAUGGUUCUCCAUCCUCUCCGCCGCCCUCCCCUCUCUCCGCACCCACUUCCUGACCCUCGACCUGCCCCCGCAAAUCCCCGAGUCGCUGCGCCCGGUCCUCCAGAACCGCAGCAUGCAGGUCCGCAAGCUCCGCAUCCUGCCCAUUGAAGCCAUUGUGCGGGGCUACAUCACCGGUUCGGCCUGGAAGGAGUACCAGACUUCGGGCACGGUGCAUGGGAUCCCUGUCAAGGCGGGUCUUCGGGAGAGUGAGGCCUUCCCGGAUGGACCGAUUUAUACUCCUUCGACCAAGGCCGAGCAGGGUGAGCAUGAUGAGAAUAUUCAUCCUGAUAAGGCCGUCGAAAUCCUCGGCGAAAAGUACGCCGCCAUCGUCGCCUCUCUCGCCGUGCAGCUGUACAAGAUCGCGCACGAGUACGCCCUGACCCGGGGUGUGAUCAUCGCGGACACCAAGUUCGAGUUCGGUGUCGAUGAGGAGACCGGCGAGGUGGUGCUCGCGGACGAGGUGCUGACUCCAGAUUCGUCGCGGUUCUGGCCUAAGGAUACGUAUGAGAUUGGACGCGGCCAGGCUAGCUUCGAUAAGCAGUUCUUGCGCGAUUGGUUGGUGCAGGAGGGGUUGAAGGGGAAGGAGGGCGUGCGGAUGAGUGAGGAGAUUGCGCAGAGGACGAGCGAGAAGUAUAAGGAGGCGUGGGAGAAGAUUACGGGGGGUAAUUGAUUAAUCAAUUAGGGUGAUGUGUUUGGUUGAGUCCCUGCGAGAUGUAAGGGAUGUAUGGCAUCAUGUGUUUGUAGAAUUGGAAUCAAACGGUCAGUGUAUUAGGUAGACGUUCACUGGGACUCCUACUUUUACUAUACAAUCUAGAGAACAAGGU